AAAAACAACAAUAAACUAAGCAUAAUGGCAGUCUACGCUAAAACAUACUUUUUUGAAAAUCGUUUAUGUUUCAGUAACAAAGUACUAAUAUUUUCAGUGUCGCUUUAACGCGAAACAGAAAACUCAUGAAUAUUCAUAUAUGCUCCGCCCAGCGUCACCCGAACAUUUCACAACGCCAUUGUGCGUCCUCACCUAACCAAACACAUACCUGACGUAGCUACGUCACCGCGACCAGACUCUGCAGUGAGGGGUGUGAUCUUUCACUUUAAUGUCGAUCAGUUCAGAGCGCUUUUCGAAAAUGUAAAUGAAAAAAAAAAAUGCAUUUGAUUUUUUUUAAACACUUUAAUUUUUUAGAAUGUUUUUGCCUUUUGUGUUUAUUAUUUUAUUGUUUCACUCUUUUCUUGGCUUUGGGCUGCAAGAGAAACAUUACCUUCACUUCAAGUUCACAGCCUUUUCCAAAGCAAACACACUCCCAGAGUUCAGUGCUGAGGCUGUUGCUGACGGCAGACAGAUCAGACACUACAACAAUAAAGAUAACUCCUGGGUAAGAUCGAGUCUGACUGAAGAUGACUGGACUGAAUUUCCUGAUUCUAGAGACUGGUUCAUACACCAGAUGAAGACUCUGUCAAACUGCACAAACACACAGUGUUCUGUGCUCUAUACAGUAUGUCUCGAGUGUUGUUCUGUGAUUGUAGAGCUCCAUAUCCUCCAGAGAAAAUCUGGUUGUGAACUGGAGAGAUAUAAUGGAACAGUGACGAGUCUGAGAGCGUUUGAUGAAUAUGGAUUUGAUGGAGAGGAUUUUAUUGCCUUUAAUUCUGACACGCUGCAGUGGAUUUAUAAAAACAUCAAAGCCAAAGAAAUCAAAAUCAAAUGGGAUCAGCAAACAAAACGCAAUGAACUCCUGCAGCAUUUCCUCAAGACCUGCAUGAACUGGAUCUCCACAGUUAACAACACUAAAAAGACUCCACCAGAUGUUCAUGUGUUUGUGAGGAAAGCUCCUGAUGAUGACAGUAAGAUGAAUCUGAGCUGUCUGGCCACUGGUUUCUACCCCAGAGAUAUUGAGAUGAACAUCAGAUUGGACAAAAUUAACACAGAAAACAAGAUAUCAUCUGGAAUCAGACCAAAUGAUGAUGGAUCCUUUCAGAUGAGAGUCAGUGUGAAGAUCGACAGAGACAUCAGAGGAUCUUAUGACUGUUUUGUCAUUCACAGGGGUCUGACAGAACCAGCUGUAGUAGAAUGGGAAGGGAAUUAUGCUGACUUUGAAACAGAAUCUCAGUGGUCUUUGAAAGCAGUAUUAAUAACAGUUUCAACAGUUCUAGUUCUCAUUGUGAUCUCUUACUGCAUCUACCGAAGGAAACGGUUAAAUGGUGGUCAGAGAAGGAGUAAUGAAGUUGAAAACGGGGGGAAGAUGACACCUCACUCUCAUAGAGGAGAGAUGGCCAGUCCUGAAGAGUUUCAUGUUCUCCAGAAAAGAAUUGGCUGUGAAGUGGUGAAACUUCAUGAUGGAAAAGUGAUAAGUCUGAAAGCCUCUGAUGAGUCUGCAUACGAUGGAAAGGAUUUUAUUAGCCAAAUGUACAACCAACCUCUUCCGGGGACCAAAAUAGGUCAUCAAACUGGACAAAAUUCCUUCCCCACAGAUUUCCAUAAAAACUGCAUGGACUGGAUCUCCACAUUUAACAACACAUUUAAAACUCCAUCAGAUGUUCACGUGUUUGCAAGGAAAUCUCCAGAUGAUCACACCAAGCUGAAUCUGAGCUGUCUGGCCACUGGUUUCUACCCCAGAGAUAUUGAGAUGUACAUUAGAUUGAACAGAGUAAAACUUGAGGAUCAAAUAUCAUCUGAAAUCAGACCAAAUGAUGAUGAAACCUUUCAGAUGAGAUCCAGUGUGGAGAUCGACAUAAACUCUGAAGGAUCUUAUGACUGUUUUGUCAUUCACAGCAGUCUGACAGAACCAGUUUCAGUGAAAUGGGAUGGAAGAUGUUUUAACUGUGAACCAGAUACUCCUCUGUCUGCUAAAACAGGAGUAGUGAUAGGAGUCGCAAUUAUCAUUUUUCUCAUUUUGAUUGUUUACUGCUUCUGCAUACAAAGGAGAAGAUCACAUGGUCUGUGAAGUUACCAGUGGGAUAUAUACGAUGAGUAGUUGGAAUAAUUAUUAUUUUACAUUUAGUGAUUUAGCAGAUGCUUUCAACAAACGCAAUUUACAAAUGAGCCAACAAUAAAGCAAUAUUAUGUAAAUGCUGUGAUAAGAAAGAUGCAGUACACACAGCAACAGUAUUCUUCAAUUCUUUCUCUAUUAUGCAAGGGG